AUGUGGAAAAUUGUUGGAGUAAAUGGACCUUCAAUGCUUCCUAAUAUUGAUUCAAAUAACAGUAUAUUAUUUUUAGACUGCUUUACAACUAAUUUUCUAAGAAAACCAAGAAUAGGUGAUGUUAUUGUGGCUUAAAAUCCCUUAAAACCAAGAGGUGCUACUGUAGUAAAAAGAGUCCUGUAUGUAGAGGGUGAAAUAGCAGAAUUCUUUGAUAUAAGAACACAAAGAAAUGAGAAAGUUAUAAUUCCUCCGAAUCAUAUCUGGGUAGAAGGGGAUAAUCCCAAUAACUCUAGAGAUUCAAGACACUAUGGUCCUAUAAGUUUAGAAUUAGUUUAAGGAAUAGUGAGAUUCAAAUUAUGGCCGUUUAACUAGUUUGGUUAAAGUCUAAGAGUAAAAAUAUGA